AUGGAAAUGAUUAUAAAUAUUGUGGAACACACGAAACAAUUGUCCAUAAAACUAGUGCAAAAUAAUUGUAAUGGAAAUAAUGAUAUUUUUGAAAACAUCAAAAAAGGAACUGGACAUGUGCUUGAUAAAUUAAAUGAAAUUAAAAAUAUGAAAAGACUUAAGAAAAACAUCAGAAAAAAUCCAUUAUUCGUCGAACCUGUUGAAAAAUCAAUUGGAUUGAAAUGGAAAAAUGCCAAAAUAGACCCGGAAACAGAAAUUCCAGACCAUGGACUAAUACAGUCCACAUUUCAAUAUGUUCCUAUUUUGGAAACGCUAAGAUCGGUAUUGGCAAAUAAAGAUUUUUAUGAAGCAUAUGUGAAGUACAAUUUACAUCAAAAACAUAAAUGUGUUCCUGGAAAUUAUGCAGGCUUUUGUUGCGGCUCAAUUCACCGAUCAAUUGAAAUUUUCAAAGAUCCAUGUACCCUGCAAAUUCAGAUUGGAUCUGAUGAUUUUGAAGUGUGUUGUGCAGUCAAAAGCAAAGCUACAAAACACAAAGUAAAUGCCACAUAUUUUCAAAUAAUAAACAUGCCUGCAGAAUUUAGAUCUAAAUUGAAUAACAUUUAUUUGGUGGCUUUAUGUAGCACAGUGAAUUUUAAGACAGAUGAAUAUGAUUACAAUCACAUUGCUGAGUUAAUAUCAAACGAGAUUUGUACAUUAGAAUGUGACGGAAUUGCGAUUGAAACAAAAGUACUGAAAGAAUCCAAUAUAAAUAUUGGGAUAGAACGUUUGAAAGGCACAUUAACUAACGUCGCUGUUGAUAAUCUUGGUGCAAGUGGAGUGAUGGGUUUCGUUGAAAGUUUUUCUGCGACUUACUAUUGUCGUCACUGUGAAUGUACGAAAACUGAAUGUCAAACCAUGACAAAAGAAGCUAAACGAAAACGUCGAAAAAUUGAAAAAUAUGAGCAUCAUGUUAAAAUAGCCGAAAAAAAGAACGUGAAACAAGACUUCAUUGCUACAAUGGGUGUUAAAAGAAAAUGCAAAUUAAAUGAUUUGACAUACUUUCACAUAUUGGACAACAUGUCUCUAGAUCUAAUGCACGAUGUAAACGAGGGUGCGAUCCCAUAUUGUCUUCAUGACUUUUUCGAUUUAAUUGUUAAAAAGAACAAAAUUAUUUCAGAAGCAGAAGCUCAACAGCGAAUACGUGACUUCAACUAUGGGCCUACAAGUAAAUAUAACAGGCCAUCACUAACCAAUUUGGAAAAGCAUAAUUUGAACCAAAACGCUUCACAACUAUAUUGUAUGAUCGUAAAUUUACCAUUUAUAUUUGUUGAUUUCAAGAAUCAAUUUGAAAAGUAUUGGCAACCUGUACAGACAUUGUUGAAGUGUAUGCAGAUUUUAUAUUCACCGGAAAUAUCUGAAAAUGACGUUAAAUCGCUAGAAAAAUUCAUUCAACAGCACUUGAAAUCAGUGCAGGAUGUAUUCAAUCGAACUCUAACACCAAAACAUCAUUUUCUCGUACAUUAUCCCGAAUACAUUCGAAAAAUGGGGCCACCUAUUCAUCAUUGGACAAUGCGCCUUGAAUCAAAACAUCGUGUAUUAACUGAAAUCUCCAGAAGAAAAAUGAAUUUUGGAAAUUUGCCUAAAACAUUGGCCACGGAACAUCAAGAUCGAAUGUGUAAGAAGCCAUCGUUUCGAACCGAAAUAAAACCAUCAAAAUCAUUCGGUCAGUCUAGUAAAACCAUGCAAUUUCAGCGAUAUGAGUCGAUUCUCAAAAGAGAUAUUGGUCCCAAAUAUUUAGAAUCGAAAGUUCACCACUUUGCCGCGUAUGAUAGCAUAGAAUAUCGCCAAAGUGGGCUAAUCAUAGAAAAUGGUCGAAUCUAUGAAAUCAAUCACAUUUUAUCCAUAGAGUCAAAUGUGUAUUUGUUGUGUCAUUUGAAUAAAAUUUGUCGCAAAGAUAAAUUUUCAAAUAGUAUUGUUAUUGAAAAAAUACAUGAUUCUGCCAUUGUUUUCGAUUUUAAUCAGCUUGAAAACAAAUUAGUGUUUGAUAAAAUCUAUUCUCGUGGCGAAUAUUUUGUAAUUGCAGAUAAGUUGGUAGUCGCAAAUUUGAUUUGA